AUGGAGACGGGGUUGGGAGAUGUCUAUGAAGAGCCAAGUGCGGUUGACGACGGCGAGCCGUCUCAGGCGUCCAAUGGGCGAGAUUCUGGCAUCGCCCCCGGUGGCGGGCUGCUGGACAUACUCCUUCUCGAGGACGAGGGCAACGGUUUCGACGUGAAGGGACUGGAAGGUGUUGACGCUGCGCACUUCAACAACCGCAUGCGGCAAUACCUUCCUCUUCUACGGGUUCUCGAGCGAAAUGUCCCGUCAACACAAGAAGGGAAGAGCUCUGCGGUGGUGUAUGACGUACCUGUGAACCUGCUGCUCGCUCGCGACAUGAAGCUGGUCUCGGAGACGGCACUCUCAGAAACCUACGCGGCGGGGAAAAUUUUGCGCGGAGAGGAAGCCGCCGCCAACUCGUUGACGAGCGACCAUGUCAAUUAUAUCCCGAUCAAGCUGGUCGACAACUUGAUCGGUUUUUGGGGGAAGGGAACCUCUGAAGACCCACUGUUCGUCUUGAGGAGGGAAGGCUUCCAUCUCAACAACGACAACCUCGUUUUUUUUUUCGGCCCCUCACGUUUGCUACAACGACGCCUUCAACUGCUUUGGCAUGGGAAACAAGGUGACACAUACUUCGGUUGGCCGUGGAGGAGCCAGGCGGUGCAGAGACUGAGGCGACAGACGCACGUCGGAACCCUUGCUAGCACCGGAGCUUCUUGCCAAGGCGAGAUCGGGAUGACGACGGGGCGAUGUCGAAGCAUGAGUCCACGAAUACCUGGCGUUCACACUUACGUCCUACCUUCACGACAGGUGUUUGCGCGGAGGGGUCUGCUCCUGUGGGUCGGGGACGGGUCAGGUCGGGCUAAAGUGCUCGGCCCCAGAGCAUGCAACAACUUCUCGAGGUUCCCGUGUCCGUACUGCAUGGUUGAGCAACGCGACAACAUUACCGGGGGGGACCUGGGAGAUGCCCAGUACGACAUCGAAGCAAAUCGACGUACCUGGGGCCAGAUCACGGCCGGGCUCGAUACGCCAAAGUCCCUCGCAGACAACAUCGUCGAGCAGUCUCGACAAUCGAUGGUACUGGGGCUUGUCGCAGACUCCAACGGCCCCUCCCUGCCCAUGUACGACUCAAUGCUCACCGCCCCCACCGCGGUUGUCCCUGUGGAGCGGCUGCACUUCGAUGCCCUGGGGUCCUGCCAGCUGUGCCAAGUUUCCUGCCUCGAGAUGUUGUCAACUCAGGGCCGACGGUUGGUCUCGGCGGUCGUGGCUCAGAACCCUUCUCUGCUAUACCCAGCUGGCACGGAGCGUCUCAAGGAUAUCGUGUCCAACUACUCAUCUCUCACUGGGAGCGACAAAUGGACACUGCAGUCGAUCAUGCUGCUCGUCUUCCGACCGAUUCGUGCAAAUGUCGGAGCCAUGGUGAGGUUUUCCACAUUAGCGCCGGGAGGGGGGAUNUCCAUCAUGCUGCUCGUCUUCCGACCGAUUCUUGCAAAUGUCGGAGCCAUGGUGAGGUUUUUCACAUUAGCGCCCGGAGGGGGGAGGAGACCUCUGCUUCGUGUUGAUCGUACCAAGAAGUACACGAAGAGGCAGGACAUCGCCGAAUUGAAAGACAUUCGGGGGACAGACGAGAAGGUGCUCGAGGUGCUUCAGAAGCUGAUACAGGUGGCGUCACACCUGUCAUGCGCUGUGCGUGCGCCUUCUCACAACGAUCUGGAGCUAGCCCAACUCGACCUUCUCGCGCGUGACGUGAAGCUGAUACAGGUGGCGUCACACCUGUCAUGCGCUGUGCGUGCGCCUUCUCACAACGAUCUGGAGCUAGCCCAACUCGACCUUCUCGCGCGUGACGUGGUAAGUCUUUCUGACCUCUAUUAUUCCUGUGACGGGCAUUGGUGUGCAUGGUUUUGAGCGGCAUACAAUAGAUUGGGGUGCUUGCGUCACUGCGGUCUCCUUUUAUCCCAUCCUGCAUUGGGCUUUGUUUUGUUUGGGGGUGCACACACCAAAUAGGAAAGAUUGCCAUGCUCGGCGAUCCAAUAUCGUUGGAAAGCGUGUUCCUAAUAACAUGCCCGUGCCCAUGGCACCUCUCUCACACACACCCUAAAAAUAAAACGGCGAUGCACGAAAAGCGCCUCAAAACGCACCCGGGUGAUCACGUUUGUUGUCACCCCUACCAGCGAAAAACACCUCGGCGCUUGCUUUAUUCAUCUUGCUUUUGGGUAGCCGCCAAUGGAUCCUUCUUCCCCGACCUGCACAUCGACGCAUUCCCGCAACGUGUUUUAUAUGGUGCCACUCCUGCUACCGCUGUUGCUACUAUUCGCCGUCGUCGCAGCCGUUGGAAAGGCCAGACAUCGAGCGUUCCAGCGGCAGAGGUCCACGGGCAAGUGUGUUUUUUUACGUGUCCGGGGGAGGCCCAAUAGACGAAUGAGAUACAGCUCUAUCUAAUGACGCUGCACCCCGGGCUAUUUUUUAGCUUGUUUUCUUCGCCCGUCUACAUUUGGAAAGGCCCGAACUCCUUUCACCCAAGAACACGGCUUUUCGCAUUUAAUAUUACUUGAACGUUGCAAAAUAUCAAGUAAAGCUAACAUCUUCGAAGAAUCUUUUGUUC